UGUCCGCUUUAUUAUUUCUUUGCAUAAGAAGGAACAGGCCGCUCGCGCAGGCCCUGCAUCUGUAGCUAUGGCAACCACAUCUUGUUAAUAAGCCCUUUCCCCCUCUCAUACUCUUCCUCCUCCCCCAUUCACGUCUCUCUCCCUGUCUUUCAUUUUUCUCUCGUUGUGUUUAUAUUAAAACGCGUUGAAAAUAUUAGUCCUUUUCCCCAUUCUAGCUUUGUUUGGUGGUCAUUUUGUUUGAGAUUUUUCUUUCCAUAUCAUGUAUGAUGUAAUGUCUUUUUUUUUUUUCUUUUUUUUUUAUUCAAGUAUGGUGCAUGUCAGUUUGAUUUUCCGUCAGGCCCAUGUUAGGUUGGUGACUUUUCUUUUGCCUUUGCUAAUCCUUAAGAAAGGGAUCAGUAAUUUAUUAAUUAAAUUACUAGGCCUAGUUAUAAUGUGGCUAGACAUAUUGAGCCUGUACCUUAGCUUAGUUUAGCUAUUAGCUAAUUCUCAGCGGUAGCUUGCAACUGACCAGCUGUUCAUUCUUAAAUUUGCUGGAAGGUGUGAGGUAUUCAUUUCCUUUCCAAGGUGAAAGCAAACGAAAAGCUGCUUGCAUUAGAAGCUGUAUGCUAUGGUAAUAUCCUCAAUUCAUGCAAUCGCUCUGGGCCAUAAAAGCAGCUUAGAGAUUCAACAUUGACAGUGUACUUCAGUCCAGAACCUCUGACUUGGAACCAUGACCAGGAGCUAUGUGCAUAGUAUUUGCAAUUUUAUGAGGAAUUCUCUUUGCACUGAAUUAUCUUGACAGUCUACAAUGAAUGUAUAAACCUUCAUUGUUCAUUCCACUUUAUUCUGUAUUUUUACAUUUUGGUUGCUGCUGUCAAACAUUUUAUAUAUGAUACUCACCAGUCAUCUGCCACACGUUUUAAAGGAUUCUAUGAUUCUAGUUGACAUUUCAAAAUUUCUUAUAGUCACACAGGCGAAUAAGAGAAUAACAUUUUUAUGUCUACAAGCAUGAAUAAAUUCAUAUGUGUGUUUGCUUGUACUGUAGGUCAUCAGGCAGAUCCAGGAGCAUGAGCAGGACUCUGUGCGGCGGGAGCAGAUGUCAGGGUACAAACGCAUGCGGCGGCAGCACCAGAAGCAGCUGAUCGCAUUGGAGAACAAGCUGAAGGCUGAGAUGGAUGAGCACAAGCUCCGGCUGCAGAAGGAAGUAGAGACCCAGGCCAAUAACACUUACAUUGAACUGGAGCGGUUAGCCAAGAAGCAGGCUGCCCAGUUAGAAAAGGAGAUGAAGGCAUCAGCCACAGAGGAGAAGAGAAUCCAGCAACAAAUCUUGGUCCAACAGAAGAAGGAGCUGACCACCUUCUUGGACACACAGAAAAAGCAGUAUAGACUGUGCAGGGACAGGAUGAAGGAAGAGAUGAAUGAGGACCUUAGCACACCAAAGGAGGAGAAGCAGGAGAGGCUGUCACGCCACAAGGAGACAAUGCAGCGCUCACAGGCCGAGGAGGAGGCACAGCUGCUCAACCAGCAGAGGCUCAUCUAUGAAAGAAGCUGCCGUGCUCUGAAGAGACGAAGCCUCAUAAAAAAACAUGAGUUUGAACAGGAACAGAUACGGGAGGAGCUGAACAAAAAGAAACUGCAAAAGGAGAUGGAGCAUGCAUUGAUGAUCCGGCAAGAUGAGUCAACACAGGACAUGGAGCGACGGCAGUUGGAGUGUCUGCACAGGCUUCGCAUGGAGCUAAUCCGUUUGCAGCAUCACACUGAACUGGAGAACCAGGAGGAGUACAACAACCGACGCCAGAGAGAGCUGCACAGGAAACAUGCACUGGAGCGCCGACAGCAGCCCAGGAACCUCAAGGCAUUGGAAAUGCAGAUCAAAAAGCAAUUCCAGGACACUUGUAAGGUUCAGAAUAAGCAGUACAAAGCUCUGAGGAACCAUCAGCUAGAGGUCUCCCCUAAGAGUGACCACAAAGCCCUGCUGAAGACUCUGAAGGAAGAGCAGACACGCAAGCUUGCUGUGCUGGCAGAACAGUAUGAACAGAGCAUUAACGAUAUGAUGGCCUCGCAAGCGCUACGUCUGGAGGCUGAGCAGGAGGCCGAGUGCCAGGCUUUGAAGCGCCAGUUGCAGCAGGAAAUGGAGCUUCUGGAUGCUUACCAAAGCAAGACAAAGGCACAGGCUGAGGCCCAGCAUGAGCGUGACAUGCACCAGUUGGAGCAGAAAGCAUCCUUGCGCAGGGCUCACCUGGAACAGAAAAUUGAAGAGGAACUGGCUGCACUUCAGAAAGAGCGGACCGAAAAAGUCAAACAUUUAUUUGAGCGCCAAGAGCGAGAACUGGAGGCCUUUGAUGUGGAGAGUUCCCGAUUGGGUUUUGGAAGCUUGGCCUCAUUUGACUUUCCCAAGGAAGAUGACAGAUGAUCAAGCCCAGGCUGGUGGGGCCAUUUGAUGCUGAUGUCUCUGGAUAUGUUGUGCCUGUACUGUCCCUAACCACUGGAUUUACUAAGAACACCUUUAAAGUGACCAUGCUGGAUCUGUCUUUUAAAAUCUUAAUUUACUAGCUGGAGGAACUUCUGGAAUUGGAACGUAAUUUGCAGUCAAAACAAGUGACAUAAUGAAGCUCAGAAAGCAAAAGAGCUAAAUAUAGAAGAACAGACCUUUUCUCCACGCCGCCGACCCAAUUUUGGUAUUAAAAUCAGUAAUUCAGGAUAUUUUAGUACAGGUAAGCACUUUGAUAUGUUUAAGUAUGAACCCAAAAUGUAAAGUGAACAUAUUGUGUGAAAAUGCCUUUGGUGUUAUCGAAGGACAUUGCGACUGUAGAAUGUGUCCUCCGUCUUCACCGUGGCUAUUAGCUGUUUUUGUCUUUGUUUAUCAUGGCGAUUGUGAAUACUGUUUGCGAAAGCUGUAUGCAAAGGCAGGUUUCUAAACAGUAUCAGAUUUUAAAACAUAGUGACUAUAUUGAGAGCAUUUAGUUACUUUCAUAUUGUGCUAGAAUACACACCUCUUUUUUUAAAAGGGAAAAAACUAGGCACUAUAAUUUAAUCAUUGUUCAGUAUCCUAAAUUAAUUGGCAGAAUUUUUUUUUAUUACUUCAACAAAUCAAUGCAGUCAGAUUCCUUCCUGGUAUUAUUGCAUGCACUUUAAAAGACAAAUUCAGGUUGUGAAGUUGAGCAUGGAUCUGUCAGAGAUUUUAGCUGUCUGUAAAUAAAAGUGGUCCAUAGCAGUUUUGUUUCAUGGCUAUUGAUACUGAACAUAAGCUUUAUCUUUGAUAUGAAAGAUCGCCAAAUUGCCAAAUGCCUUUAAGUUAUGUUAUGAAUGUUUUAGUUUUCUUUCUUUUGCCCAAAUGACAUCAUAGUUUGUUGAAUUGUGACUCAUUCAGUGUGAUGUUAUCAAUGCUCUUGUACAGGUAAACAAUGGUGCAAUUUGUGUUGUAAAAAUUUUUUAUAUAAAUAUUUGUAUAUGAUAAUCUAAAUAGGGGUUUACACGUGUAUUGGUCAACCUUUGCCAAAAUAAAUAUGGGAAACUUAUUCAGU